UCUACAAUGUUUAGAUAAAUAGGUAUGUAAUAUUUGUAUACUAUAUUAUUAAUAAGAUAAACGUUUUUUUAAUUUUUUUCAUUUAAAAAUGGCGGAAGGAAGAUUCAAAACAGUGUUCAUUACAUUUUCUGUUGCUCUAAUAGCGAGUUUAGGUUCCAUGGUCGUUGGUUCAUGGGUAGGAUGGUCGUCUCCGGCCACUUACUUAAUGAAGACCAACCAAACCAACUUGGAUGUGACCGAUUACGGGAUGAUGAUUGCUAUGUACGACUUGGGAAACAUGGUCAGUCCUAUCCCUUGCGGUUAUCUUCUGGCACAUAUCGGCAGGAGGUGGACGAUUCGCAUGAUUGGCCCGAUGAACAUGAUCGCCUGGAUCGCGAUUAUCGUGUGGCCCUCCAAGCUGAGUGUCCUCUACAUGGCCAGGGUGUUCGCAGGACUGUCAAAAGGGAUGACCAUGAGCUCCAUUCCAAUGUAUGUGGGUGAAAUAGCCGAGGUCAAGUUGCGGGGUGCCGUGUUGUCCUUGUUUCCGAUUAUGUUGUGCGUAGGCAUGUUAGGCAUACAGACGAUCGGUCAGAUGCUAAACUACACACAUCUUAACAUUCUGGGUCUGUGUUUCUCGGCCACGUUCACGAUACUGUUUUUCCCAAUGCCCGAAAGCCCGUACUAUCUGAUGCAGAAAAAUAAAAGGGACCAAGCAGAGAGAUCUCUCAAGACUAUCCGAGCCAAGGAUGACGUUACGGACGAGAUGGAGCUCAUUGAGGAAACGGUCACCAAGCAGAUGCAGUCAAAAACCACUUACAAGGAGUUAUUCCAAAACAAGGCCAACCGGAGGGCUUUUAUAAUUACGGCAGGAGCUAGUAUGUUUCAGAGGCUCAGCGGCAUCAGUCCAUUCAUACACUUCACCUCGAUCACGCUACCGUCCGCCAACUACUGGAUGAACCCUUUGACGGCCGUCGUGCUGUUCACCGUGUCCAAGUACAUCGGCACGCUGUCGCACAUGGCGCUGGUGGACUGGAUGGGACGGAAACCGCUGAUGUUGGUCUCGCACGCCACGAUGGCCGUGCUGACGGCCGUGUACGGCUUAAGCCUGUACGCGUUGGCCAACGGGCCCGAAGACCGUCCGCUGGCUUGGUGCCCUGUGGUCGUGCUGUGGCUUUACGGCCUGGCGUAUUCCGUGGGCGCAGGUUCGCUCACGUACACGCUCAUCGGCGAGAUGUUCGCGGCCAACGUCAAGACCAAGGCUGCUCCGCUGUGCGUCAUGUGCCUGGCCGGUUCGUCGUUCCUGCUGGACGGCACCUACACCAGAAUAUCCAAGGUGUUUGGCGUCUACACCAAUUAUUACAUGUACGCCGUGUUCAACCUCGUCUGGGCCGUCGUCGCCGGUUUCGUCAUGAUCGAGACCAAGGGCAAAAUGUUUCUGGAAAUCGAGCAAAUACUCGCGACCACCUGACCACUGCUUUUUCGACUGUAGUGGUACCCCCCGUCGUCGACCUAGUGGUGGUUUUUCAAUUGAUUAAUUUCCCAUCACGAUUGAAAUGAAUAUAUUAUACCGUUAUAGUCGUGAACGUUUUGAGACAAUCACGAUAUGUCACUGCGAAACUAUAUAAUAUGUAUGGUGUCUCUACGCCCCUCCGCUAAAAAUCACCACUGAUUCGACGUGACCUAACACAAAAAAGUAAAAAUGAUAUCGUAUGGAUCUAUCAACGAUUUUAUGAGUUAUUAAUAAGACAUUAGAUAAUGUAAUAUUAUAUAUUAAAAUAUCGUUAAUAAUAAAUUUUCGGAUUAUAAUAUGAU